AAAUUCCGGAGUUAUUUGAUGGCAACAACAACUCACCGGAUGUGACGUUAAUCCCUCAGUCUGACAUAACAAUAUGGCGGCCACCUCACGUCUCCUCGCGUCAGCGGCGAAAUGUUUUCUACGCAGAUCACUGCUGGAGAAAAACAACAUUAACAGAGUCACCGCUGGACCACGCAGACUGUUGGCGACACAGGCUGCCCCCCAAAUCGCUUUAAAUGUUCCGGAAACGAAGGUGACCACUUUGGAAAAUGGACUCCGUGUGGCGUCUGAGGACUCCGGGCUUUCCACCUGUACUGUUGGCCUGUGGAUCGACGCCGGCAGUCGUUACGAGAACGAGAGAAAUAACGGCACCGCGCAUUUCCUGGAGCACAUGGCGUUCAAGGGCACCAGGAAGCGGUCACAAUUGGACCUGGAGUUAGAAAUCGAGAACAUGGGUGCGCACCUAAAUGCGUAUACGUCCCGGGAGCAGACGGUGUACUACGCCAAGGCCUUCUCGAAGGAUCUUCCACGAGCUGUGGAGAUCCUAGCCGACAUCAUCCAGAACAGCAUGCUAGGCGAAGCGGAGAUCGAGAGGGAACGGGGCGUGAUCCUCCGGGAGAUGCAGGAAGUUGAGACCAAUCUCCAGGAAGUGGUCUUCGACUACCUGCACGCCACCGCGUACCAGUCCACGGCGCUCGGCCGGACAAUCCUGGGCCCCACCGAGAACAUAAAGACGAUAAAUAGAGGAGAUCUGGUGGAGUACAUCACUACCCACUACAAAGGUCCGAGAAUAGUACUGGCAGCUGCUGGAGGCGUUUCUCACAACGAGCUCAUCGACCUGGCCAAGUAUCACUUCGGCAAGCUUCUCGGCCGGUACGAGAGCGACGCGCCGCCCGCCUGCCCCUUCACGGGAAGUGAGAUCCGCGUGCGCGACGACAAGAUGCCGCUGGCCCACAUCGCCAUCGCCGUGGAGGCCGUCGGAUGGUCCCACCCGGACACCAUUCCCCUCAUGGUGGCCAACACCCUCAUCGGGAACUGGGACCGCUCCUUCGGCGGCGGAGUGAAUCUCUCCAGCAAGCUGGCCCAGAUGGCGUGCCAGGGGAACCUGUGCCACAGCUUCCAGUCCUUCAACACCUGCUACACGGACACGGGUCUGUGGGGACUCUACAUGGUGUGCGAGCCCGGCACCAUCGACGCCAUGAUGCACUUCACCCAGAAAGAAUGGAUGUCGCUCUGCACCAGCGUGACCGACGCCGAGGUGGCACGGGCCAAGAACCUUCUCAAGACGAACAUGCUGCUGCACCUCGACGGUUCCACGCCCAUCUGCGAGGACAUCGGCAGGCAAAUGCUGUGCUACAGUCGCAGAAUCCCGAUGCACGAGCUCGAGACCCGGAUUGACGCGAUCGACGCCGCUACCAUCAAGGACGUGUGCGCCAAAUACGUCUUCGACAAAGCCCCUGCCGUUGCAGCAGUAGGUCCAAUCCAACAGCUUCCCGAUUACAACCAGAUCCGCAGCGGAAUGUUCUGGAUGAGGAACUGAUCUCUCCCGCAUCCCAAAAUUAAUAGGACACCCUCACCCCUCGGUGUGAUUGUGACUCCCUGUGAUUGGCUGGUCACCAGUUCAGGGUGUAAACCCCCCCGACAGCUGGGAUAGGCCGCAGCACUCCCUCGACCCUUAUGAGGAUAAGCGGCAAAGAAGAAUGGAUGGAUCAAAAGCAAACACCCUCUUUAAGUCAUUUUAAUUCAUUUCAUAUAAAACACAGCAACACAAUACUGUGAUGAUGAUGAUAAUAAUAAUAAUGAUGCUAUUGUCCAACUGUCAUUUUUUACUCUUGCUAGCUACUUGCUCUUGCGCGGCUUUCUUCGCUUUAACCAUCUCCACCAGUUCCUGUCGGGGAAACGGGACGGUUUCAUAUUCUUGUGCAAAUAUCGUUUAUUGCGGCAAAAUUAAUAAACCCGACACCCCGUCUCA